AUCGAUCUCGGAGAAGCUCCGAUCUGAGUUUUUAGCAAUGGCGAAAUUAAUCACUAGCGUCGUCUCUCUGAUUCUUAUCGGUCUCGUCGCGAUCGCCUCCGCGGCAGUUAUCUUCGAAGAGCGCUUCGAUGAUGGAUGGGAAAGCAGAUGGGUUAAAUCUGAGUGGAAGAAGGAUGAUAACACUGCUGGGGAGUGGAAACACACUGCGGGAAAUUGGUCUGGUGACUCUAACGAUAAAGGUAUCCAGACCAGUGAGGACUAUAGAUUCUACGCCAUUUCAGCUGAGUUCCCUGAAUUCAGUAACAAGGACAAAACCUUAGUCUUCCAAUUCUCAGUCAAGCACGAGCAAAAGCUUGACUGUGGUGGUGGCUACAUGAAGCUGCUCAGUGGUGAUGUUGACCAGAAGAAAUUUGGUGGAGACACCCCAUACAGUAUCAUGUUUGGUCCCGAUAUCUGUGGCUACAGCACAAAGAAAGUGCAUGCUAUCCUUACCUACAAUGAAGCCAACCACCUGAUCAAGAAGGAUGUUCCAUGUGAAACUGAUCAGCUCACCCAUGUGUACACCUUCAUCCUCCGCCCAGAUGCAACUUACAGCAUUCUCAUCGACAAUGUUGAGAAGCAAACCGGUAGCCUUUACUCUGACUGGGAUCUUCUCCCACCCAAGAAGAUCAAGGACCCCAGCGCCAAGAAGCCUGAGGACUGGGACGACCAAGAAUACAUUUCUGACCCAGAAGACAAGAAACCUGACGGGUACGAUGAUAUCCCAAAGGAGAUCCCAGACACCGACUCAAAGAAGCCUGAGGACUGGGAUGAUGAAGAAGAUGGUGAGUGGACUGCCCCGACCAUCCCCAACCCUGAGUACAUGGGUGAAUGGAAGCCUAAGCAAAUCAAGAACCCCAACUACAAGGGCAAGUGGAAGGCUCCAAUGAUUGACAACCCUGACUUCAAGGAUGACCCAGAGCUCUAUGUCUUCCCCAAGCUGAAGUAUGUUGGACUCGAAUUGUGGCAGGUGAAAUCAGGAUCUCUGUUUGAUAAUGUCUUGAUCUGCGAUGACCCAGACUACGCCAAGAAGUUGGCAGAGGAGACAUGGGGAAAGCUCAAGGAUGCGGAAAAAGCAGCUUUCGAUGAGGCGGAGAAGAAGAACGAGGAAGAGGAAUCCAAGGACGCACCUGCAGAUUCUGAUGCUGAAGAGGAACCAGAGGAUGAUGAUGGAGAUGAAUCAGAUUCUGAAUCUAAGGCUGAGGAGAGCAAAUCAGAAGUUAGCGAGGAAACUGCUGAGAAAGAUGCCACCGCUCAUGAUGAGCUGUAGGGGAAGGACGUUCAAGAUUUGAAGACCAAAGUUUUCAGAGUCUUUAUUGUUUAAUCCUUUUCUUUUGAAGUAUUUUAGCAUCUAGUUUGUCGGAGAGAUAGAAUCAAGUUUUAGCAAAAUU